GACACGGUAGUUGCUCUCCCCUGAACGUCAUUUGUACUAUGGCUAUAUAAAUAGCAGGGCUGUGCUGCUAUGAAAUUUCUGGACUAAGGAGGAAUGAAUGGGUUGAAGAUCGGUGGCUGAGUGGAGCACGGCUUUCCCCUUUUGCCUUACUCAGAGCUGCUGGAAGACAAUGGCCCUGUCCUUCUGUGGAAAUGACACAACUGAAGCUUACAACGUCGACGGCGGCGUCUUAAACAACGGCUGCUUCGUGGAUGCGCUCAAUCUAGUGCCCCAUGUCUUCCUGCUCUUCAUCACUUUCCCCAUAUUAUUUAUCGGUUGGGGAAGCCAAAGUUCAAAGGUUCAGAUCCACCAUAACACAUGGUUGCACUUCCCUGGACACAGUUUACGAUGGAUUCUUACAUUUAUACUCCUCUUUGUUCUCGUCUGUGAAAUUGCAGAGGGAAUGGUUUCAGAUCGAAAAAUGGACACCCGUCACCUGCAUCUAUUUAUGCCUGCUACCAUGGGAUUCAUAGCUGCAAUUACAUCUAUUGUGUAUUAUCAUAAUAUUGAGACUUCCAACUUUCCAAAGUUAUUAUUAGCUCUUUUUAUAUACUGGGUCCUGGCUUUUAUCACAAAAACUAUUAAACUGGUGAAGUACUGUGAUCAUGGAGUGAACAUGACCCAGCUGCGAUUUUGUAUCACACUUAUGUUGGUUUUUCUUUAUGGCUCACUGAUGGCUAUUGAAGUAAAUGUGAUCAUAUUCCGGAAAUAUGUGUUCUUUGCAAACCCCAAAAAAGUUAAACCACCCGAAGACUUGCAAGAUCUGGGUGUGAGAUUCCUGCAGCCAUUUGUAAAUUUACUAUCAAAAGCAACGUACUGGUGGAUGAACACACUCAUCAUUUCAGCUCACAAGAGGCCAAUAGACCUAAAAACCAUUGGCAAGCUCCCCAUAGCCACAAGGGCUCUCACCAACUACAUGCGUCUGAAAGAUGCUUAUGAAGAGCAGAAGAAAAAUGCACACUUGCCAGGCGAACAGCCUCCGUCGAUCUGGCAUUCCAUGUACAGGGCUUAUGGUCGACCAAUCUUUCUUAGCAGCACUUUUCGCUACUUGGCCGACCUUCUAGGUUUUGCUGGCCCCCUCUGCAUCUUUAAGAUUGUCGACCACCUUAGCAAGACAAGCAAAUCAAGUAACAACGUUAACGGAACCAAUGCCAUGAUGUAUAACUCAAGCCAAACAGAUAAAGUAAUGCUUAUGGGCGUUUAUUUCGUGUCAUCAAAGGAAUUUUUGGAGAAUGUUCAUGUUCUGGCAGUGUUGCUCUUCCUGGCCCUCAUAUUACAGAGAACGUUUUUGCAAGCAUCCUACUAUGUGGCCAUAGAAACGGGCAUCAAUUUACGUGGAGCCUUGCUGGCUAUGAUCUACACCAAGAUUCUCCGUCUCUCCACCUCCAAUAUGUCAAUGGGAGAGGUGACCUUGGGACAAAUCAAUAACCUCGUUGCCAUCGAAACAAAUCAGUUGAUGUGGUUCCUAUUCCUGUGUCCUAAUCUGUGGGCCAUGCCUGUUCAGAUUAUCAUGGGUGUAAUCUUAUUGUAUUACAUGCUGGGAAUCAGUGCACUGAUUGGUGCUUCUGUCAUAGCACUACUUGCUCCUUUGCAGUAUUUCAUAGCGACUAAGUUCACGGACGCACAGAAAAGCACUCUGGACUACUCCACAGAACGAUUGAAGAACACCAAUGAGAUCUUAAAAGGGAUCAAACUUUUGAAACUUUAUGCCUGGGAGCAUAUUUUCUGUAACAAUGUGGAAAAGACUAGAAUGCAGGAGUUAACCAGUCUCAAGAGUUUUGCACUUUACACAUCCUUAUCCAUAUUUAUGAAUGCAGCAAUACCGAUUGCAGCAGUGUUGGCGACGUUUUUGGCAUAUACCCACAUCAACUUGGAGAAAUUGUCCUCUGCUGUGGCCUUUACUUCAUUGUCUCUAUUCAACAUUUUGGUGACCCCACUAUUUCUGCUCUCCACUGUGAUCAGAUUCACAGUUAAAGCUCUGGUCAGCCAACAGAAAUUGAAAGAAUUCCUGAUGAGUGAUGAGAUUUCAGAUGAUGGCUUUCGGGGUGGUGAGACCUCAUUGAACAUGGAGACUUGCAAAAAACAUUCAGGAGUCCACACAAAGGCCUUCAACAGGAGGCAGCCCCUGAAGGACCAGCUGGAAGGUUUUGAGCAACCACUGAGGAGGUACAUUCGGUCCAGAGAGACAGAAGAUGUGUCAGUCAAGGUUACUGAUGGGUCCUUUUCAUGGGGUAGUGGCAUGGCAACUCUUUCUAACAUCAGCAUCAGAAUUCCAACAGGUCAACUAACAAUGAUUGUCGGUCAAGUGGGAUGUGGAAAAUCUUCACUUCUCCUUGCUACCCUUGGAGAAAUGUUGAAAGUUUCUGGGAAAGUUUACUGGAGCAAAGAGCCUGCAAAUGAGAUGAACCAGGAUGCAACGUUAAGUGCACAUGAGGUUGACCCUGUGUUCGAGGUGACUGGGAGAAACCGAAACUCUGUUGCUUAUUCUGCUCAGAAACCUUGGCUCCUCAACACAACUGUGGAGGAGAACAUCACAUUUGGGAGCCCCUUUAUAAAGCAAAGGUACAAAGCUGUCAUUGAUGCCUGCUCCCUUCAGCCUGACAUUGACCUGUUACCAUUUGGAGACCAAACCGAGAUUGGAGAGAGGGGAAUUAACCUGAGUGGAGGUCAGAAACAGAGAAUCUGUGUAGCUCGAGCCCUGUAUCAAAACACAAGUACAGUAUUCCUGGAUGAUCCAUUCUCUGCAUUGGAUAUUCACCUGAGUGAUCACCUCAUGCAAGAAGGAAUCCUCAAAUUUCUCCGUGAAGACAAGCGAACUGUGGCUCUAGUAACACAUAAGCUGCAGUAUCUGACCCAUGCUGACUGGAUAAUUGCGAUGAAAGAUGGCACCAUCAUAAGAGAAGGCACAUUGAAGGACUUUCAGAAUCAUGAUGUGGAGUUAUACGAGCAAUGGAAAACACUCAUGAACCGACAGGAUCAGGAAUUUGAAAAGGAGACUGAAGGUGAAAGCCAAACAAUUCUAGAAAGAAAAACUUUGCGAAGGGCAAUGUAUUCACGAGAAGCCAAAGCUCAGUUGGAUGAUGAAGAUGAAGAAGAGGACGAGGAAGAUGAUGAUGAAGAUAACAUGUCAACAGUUAUGAGGCUUCGAACAAAAAUGCCUUGGCGAGCUUUCUGGAGAUAUCUGACUUCAGGAGGAUUCCUUCUGCUCUUUUUGCUGAUUAUCUCCAAGUUGCUAAAACAUUCUGUCAUGGUGGCUAUUGACUAUUGGCUUGCAAAGUGGACGAGCUCAAAACAAACAAGUGAAACAGACACAAUGACUGACACGAGUGUCCAAAAUUAUUACAAAAUGUGGUACAGCAUCUUGUGCAGUGUUGGGAUCAUACUAUGCCUCAUCACAUCCCUAACUGUAGAGUGGAUGGGCUUAACAGCAGCUAAAAAUCUUCACCAUAAUCUUCUCAACAAGAUCAUCCUAGCACCAGUGAGGUUCUUUGACUCAACACCUUUAGGUCAAAUUCUCAACCGUUUCUCGGCUGACACAAAUAUAAUAGAUCAGCAUAUCCCACCAACACUGGAGUCCUUAACUAGAUCAACCUUCCUCUGCCUGUCAGCGUUAGGUGUGCUCUUGUACGUCACACCAAUCUUCUUUACAGCUUUACUGCCCUUUAUUGUUGCCUUUUAUUUCAUACAGAAGUACUUCCGGGUUGCCUCAAAGGAUCUUCAGGAACUGGAUGAUAGUACGCAACUGCCUCUAUUGUGCCAUUUUUCUGAAACGGCAGAAGGGCUUACAACAAUCCGUGCGUUCCGACAUGAAACCAGGUUUAAGCAGCGUAUGCUGGAGCUCACAGAUGCCAACAACAUCGCCUAUUUGUUCCUGUCAGCAGCUAACAGAUGGUUGGAGGUCAGAACGGACUAUCUUGGUGCUUACAUUGUCCUCACUGCAGCUCUAGCUACCAUAACAUAUUCCCAUUACUAUGGUCUUUCAUCUGGUUUUGUGGGAUUUGGUCUGACCUAUGCAUUAACAGUUUGUAAUUACCUUAAUUGGGUAGUGAGAAAUCUCGCUGAUUUGGAAGUGCAGAUGGGAGCUGUGAAGAAGGUGAACAGUUUCCUGAACAUUGAAAGUGAAAAUUAUGAAGGAACCAUCGACCCAUCCCAAGUCCCAGAAGACUGGCCGCAGCAAGGAGAAAUAAAGAUUCAGGAUCUCUGUGUUCGAUAUGACCCGGCUCUCAAACCUGUUCUUAAACACGUCAAAGCCUACAUCACACCAGGUCAGAAGGUUGGGAUAUGUGGGCGCACCGGCAGUGGAAAAUCUUCCCUGUCGCUGGCUUUCUUCAGGAUGGUGGAUAUAUUUGAAGGUAAAAUCAUCAUUGAUGGAAUAGAUAUCAGCAAGCUCCCUCUUCAUACUCUUCGCUCAAGACUUUCCAUUAUUUUGCAAGACCCUGUUCUUUUUAGUGGAUCCAUUCGCUUUAACUUGGAUCCAGAGUGCAAGUGCACUGAUGACAGACUCUGGGAGGCAUUGGAAAUAGCUCAACUAAAGAACAUGGUCAAAUCGCUGCCGGGAGGGUUAAAUGCCAUGGUAACUGAAGGUGGAGAGAACUUCAGCGUUGGGCAGAGACAGCUCUUCAGUUUAGCCAGAGCAUUUGUACGGAAGAGCAGCAUUCUGAUCAUGGAUGAGGCCACAGCAUCUAUUGACAUGGCUACAGAGAGCAUUUUGCAGAAAGUAGUAAUGACAGCUUUUGCUAAUUGCACUGUGGUGACAAUUGCACAUCGUGUACACACAAUACUAACUGCUGACCUAGUUAUCGUGAUGAAACGGGGAAACAUUCUUGAAUAUGACAAACCUGAAAGUCUCCUGGCCCACGAAGGUGGCAUCUUUGCAUCUUUUGUUAAGGCUGAUAUGUAAAUCUUCCAGAGAUCUCACUUUGCAAGUUAAUGUUUUUUCUCUUUCUCUGCACCACAAUUUUGUAUUUUUUUAAUAUAAAGUUUACAAGUCUUCCUUAAAACAGAAUAUGUUUUCUGCACUGUCUCUAAAAGGAAAGUUGCCACUGUCUUGUUAAAGAUCAUCUCCCACAAGAUGUCACACCUCAUUUUAAAGACAGCCUUUUAAUUCUAGAGCUUUCACAUUUAAUAACUUUUAAACAAGUGCAAGCUUAAGCAAGUUACAGGACACACAGCAAAAUUGAGGGCAGUUCCACUGUUCAUGAACAACGGAUUUGUACAAAUUUUUCAGAAGUGCACAGUGAAAUGCAGCAAUGAUUAGGAAAUAUUUCAGCACAGUAAUAGAAUGGUUUUGAUAGUGACAGCUGAGGUUAAUGUGACUUUAAACUCAUGCCUCGUUACUUAUUUUGGAUGACAUUUUCAAAUACUCACUUAUCAGUUAAUAAUAUAAUGUUACUGAAACGUGGGUAAGAUUGUAAAUUGCAGAUGCAUGUUGGAAGGGGGAAGUUGUCUGUCCGUGUUUAAAAUGAAACACUGGACAGUAGCUACAGAUUGGGAGAAUUAAACCUGGCUGAAUUCUAGCCACAUAAGUACAAGUCACAACAAUAACACCUAGCACCCACAUGGAAUCCUUGUUUUAAGAAAUAUAAAAGGUGAUGAUCGGAAAUAGGAACAGAAGAGGUGUUACUACAAUUACAAAGACUUCAUAAUCCACUCUUCAACAUUUAGAAAUAGAUAAUCAAAAAUUACUAGAAUGUGUACACAUGUGUGUACAGACCAAAGAAGAUGGAGGAUUCAUUUGAAACAUCACCUGGGAUGCCUAAUAAGUCUACUUGAAGUAGCUUUAAUGUAGUGCUGAACAUAUACAAUAUCUGGACACGAGACAUGGGAAAUGAAAACAAAAAACGUUGGGAAUUCUCAAUGAGUCAGCCAGCUUCUGUUGAGAGAGGAACAGAGUUAAUCAGAGUUUCAGCUCCACGUCCUUUCAUCAGAACACGAAACAACGUAUAUUUUCCACCAACAAUGCCGUUUUGAAGUCCAACGAUAGUGAUCGUAAGUCCCAGCACUUACAGUAAGUUGCCUCACUCCACAUCGUACAUUUUUGUUUCAGCCCUUAUCGUGCCCCAACUGAGUAGACCCCUAACUUCGCACCACCUCUAGAUCCUGCCAUUUCUAGUUUUCUACAGCAACUGUUCUACCUGGAACCAGAAGAAUGUGUUGAGAGUUGUGGACGUAGCCUACUCCAUCACACAAGUCAACCUUCAAUCCAUGGACUUUGUAUACACUUCUCACUGCAUCAGAAAGGUAGCCACCAUCAACAAAGAUCCCUCCCACUCUGGUUAUGAUCCCUUCCAACUUCUUCCAUCAGGCAGAAGGUACAAAAGCGUAAGCACACUCAACAGAUUCAAGAACAGCUUUUUCCAUGCUGUUUUUAGACUUCUGAAUGGAGCUGUCAAAUUUCAAAUCUAAUAUUGGUGGUGUUUUUUGUGCACCUUCUUUGCAGCCAUAAUUAUGUAUUCCUCACUCUGUUCUAUUACCCUUUGAUCUUCAUAUGAUAUGAUCUGCCUGUACUGCAUGCAAAACAAAACUUUUCACUGUGCCUAGAAACGUGACAACACAAAUAAAAUAAAAUCUCACACGUCAAUGCUGUAUUGCUAUAUGUACCCUAAUAAUUCAAUAACCUUUACCGAAUCCAACUUCCAAAAUUAUGAAAGAACGGGUGCAGGAACAACAUUGGAAGGCUAGCUAGGUUUUUGUUUCCCAGGGCUGUAUUUCUGAAAGUAUUUUCUAAUAUUUGUAAGCUAACCUGCACAAAAGAAUCAAUGUUUUUUUGGAAGUUACAGAAUAAAUGGUAUUGAAGCAUUAACGUUAUCUAAAUUUAUAAGUCACAUAGGAUAAGAACAUUAAAAUAAGACACAGACAAAAAGUUGUAAAACAAACAGUAAUAGUAUUUUUUUUGAUAACAAAGUGUGGGGC